CUUUAGUUCACAGCACGCUCUGCCUUGUGAAGGAGGAGUGGCAGCCCUGACCCUCAUUAGGACAAUGACACCUGGGCUGCUCUUCUUGGCUCUCAACUUCUUCUCCUCAGUUCAAGUAGCAGAAAACAAGAUUUUGGUGAAGCAGUCGCCCAUGCUCGUGGUAGACAACAAUGAAGCCAGCAUCAGCUGCAGGUAUUCCUACAACCUCCUGUCAAAGGAGUUCCGCGCGUCCAUUUACAAGGGCGUGAACAGCGAUGUGGAGGUCUGUGUUGUGAAUGGGAAUUUCUCCUAUCAGCUUCCGUUUCACUCAAACACCGGGUUCAGCUGUCGCGGGGAUUUGCAAAAUGAUACGGUGAUAUUCUACCUCUGGAACCUGCAUGUUAAUCACACAGAUAUUUACUUCUGCAAAAUUGAGGUCAUGUAUCCUCCGCCUUACUUAGACAACGAGAAGAGCAACGGAACUAUUGUUCACGUGAAAGAGAAACAUGUUUGCCAUGCUCAGGCAUCUCCUAAGCUGUUUUGGACACUGGUCGUGGUUGCUGGAGUUCUGCUUUUUUAUGGCUUGCUAGUGACAGCGGCUCUUUGCAUUAUCUGGACUAACAGCAAAAGGAACAGGCUUCUUCAGAGUGACUACAUGAACAUGACACCCCGGAGACUUGGACCCACACGCAAGCAUUACCAGCCCUAUGCCCCAGCGAGGGACUUUGCAGCCUACCGCCCCUGACAGGGACCCCUAUCCAGAAGCCAGCCGGCUAAUGCCCCUCUACCUGCUCAACAUCCCUGCUCUGGAUAGGAAAGGACAGUCUCAUCUUCAGCCGGCUACUUUGGACAUUUCCCGGGCCACCUGUGCCAACCAUUUUGGAGCAUCUAGAUCUAACAUCAUCUUGAGACUCGGGAAGAAAUUAAAGAAGCUUCUAAUGGCGGGAUAAAUUCUGCAUGCCUUGACCCAGACUCAAGCUUAAUAUAUUUAUUGACUUGACUGAGAAGUUGGAGUAGAGAAAUCAAACAGUAAGGGAAUUCAUUCAAGGCCCACUCCUUUCUCACUUACCGGCACACUUCAGGCAUGGGAAGUGUGGUAGCUAAAGAUGUUUUGGAUGGAGAAGAAAGGAUAGACAAAUCUUCUCUUUGACUAAGCUGGUGUCUCGGGUGGGGAUAGGUUAGAGUUAGAGUUAGUUUGUCAUUUGAAAAUAAUUAAAACACUUUCCCACUCAUAAAAAGAGCCGCUUAGUUUAGAGUUUUCCUGUUAGUUUAGGAAGAUGUGGAUAUAUUUUUUUUUUUUAAUGAAUUCUGACCAUUUUUAAUCACUUUGACCUGUGGAAAACCAUCAAAGCACUCUCAGGGCUGACUUUCCUCCUUCCCUGUUGUGGGAAUCCAGUAUUAUUAAUACUUACAACAUGAUUUUGGAGCUAAAUAGCCCUCCUGCACCAAGAAGAAUGUGAGAGGAAAUAAGCCCACUUUACAUUAUAUAUAUAUAUCUGAAUGCUAGGAAGGUUUAUCUGUUUAGUAGCCUGUUAUAGUGAAGCCACUUAAGUUUCAACCUUCCACAGUUGGUUUCCUUUGUGGAUACCUGAAAUAGAAGGCUGAAACUACAUCUAUAUAGCGUUAGUCACGAAACUGUAAAAAAAAAAAAAAAAAAAAAGGUUCUUCUUGAUCAUUGUCUGAGGAAGGGAAUGAGGCAAUUCUUGCCAUGCUCUAAUGAGGUGGAUAUUUUCCAGAAGUCAUCACAAGGAGCCUCAGUAUAAGUUUCUUUAGACUCUAAGGUUUAAAGAGGCUUUGUAUGUUCCAGGGCUCAGAACUCCAGAAGUUUGUGGGCUCAAAUGCUUAAUACCAUGGGAAUUCAUUGACAUGAAAAAUUAUUUUGGAGUGUAUCUUUAGGGACACAUUAGUUUUCAAAGUUCUUAAGAACCUGCAAGACCUGAUACUGAAUGAACAUGGACCUUUGUUUUUGUGUUUCUUUGUUUGGGGACUUUGAAGAAUGACUGGAGAACCAGUUUCACCAUCUGUUUAGCGCUUUGAAUUAUUGGAGAUUUUUAGAGGCAGAAAGACCUGGUAAAAUUCUCCUUGCUUGUUGAAUGGCCUCAGGCAAGUUACUGUUCAUCUGAGACUAUGAUUCCUCAACUGUAAAAUGGACACAAUGAAACUCACUGUGCUCCUCCUGCCUCUGCCUCCCAAGUUCUAGGAUUACAGGAGUGCACAGUCAUGACCAACUAGUAACAGAAAUUUAAACCCAAACUUGUGAGAUUCUCUCAGCUUCAAUAAUUUGUUUAAGCUAAUUGGAAUAGUUUAUGUUGUAACCAACCAAACAUAAAGCACACCCCUACUGCUUUGUGUAUAAAGAGGUCUUUAAACUUUCUUCUUUUAAUGUGCGGAGGAGUAAGGGGUAGGAAUCUUUUCAUUCUAGCCUGAAGAUAUGCUCUGAUAGUUUUUUUUUUAAAUUAGCUUCUGUUCUGUGCCUUUAAUUAAACCAGUGAAGGCCAAUAUCAGCCCUACUUUGAUAAAAGACAUUGAUAAAAGACCCAGCACCUGUGAUUGCAGCCAGCCUCUCGACACGUAGCAUUUUUAAACCCAAACUGUAAAACUAUAUUUGAAAACGACAGUGCUGGAGAAUUUAUAGAAGGGGCAAUAACAAAUAAUACUCUUUUUAUAAAUGGAAAGAUUUGAUCUUUGGUAAUCGAUCAUUUUGUUGUCUAACUGGAAAAGGAGGUUUACUGAAGAUGAAUCACACCUGAGAAUUUUCAUACUUACCCUGCACAGAGCCAGAGCAUGGGAGUCAUAGGUGUUUCACUAUCAGUAUGAACCAACAGACGGUUUAAAAAUACUAGUGUAGGGUAAAGCUUUCACAGUUUCAGGUAAGUAAGAAGACAACUAUGCCAUUUGCUGCUAUGAUCAUAAGAGUCUUAGAAUUAAAGGUGUGCAUGUAAUUUUUAAUUGUGAACUCAGCUAUUUGGGGUUGAGCAAGCCAAUUUAAAGAGACCCAGUGUACCUUCUGUCUGCAUUCAGUGUUAGAAUUACUAGCAUGUGCCCGUUUUCAAGCUGGUGCUUUAAUCCUGUCCUGAUGACAGGCGCGCUUUUCCUUCGCAGUGGAUCUGGAGACAUUUUACCAUUUGAAAGAGUAUAUGAUAAAUAUUUGGGUUCCUCUCCCCCCCUUUCAUGUGUGUGUUUGUGUGUCUGUCUGUCUGUCCGUGUGUCCCUCCCCCACUCUAUCUCUGUCUCUCCUUCUCUCUCUCUCUCUCUCCAGAUUUUCAAAUAUUGGUUUUUCUUGGCAUAAAUACAACCUGUGGUUGGUUUGCCAGGCUUCAGCAGCAGUUUAUCAGCAGGCCAAUGUCUUACUUCUUUGAGAUUUCAGGCUGGGUUUACCCCUGUGCUCUGUGCUGUGACUGCUGUAGGACAGAUAUAUCUUGAUUGAGCCCUCCCUCAGUCAUUUAGGUUUUCAAUCAUUUAGUCACCUAACUGAGCCACUGAUCUGCACGGCUAUUUUAGUGGCCAUAGGAUGGUCAAAUGGGUGUCCGAUUCCUCACCCUGGCCUUCUGUACUGCCACAUGGGCUAUAGCAGACUUAAAUACUCACCAGAAAAUGUUAAAUUCAGCCACAUGAGAUGGACCGGAAACCACAGUACUCACUUCCAUGUAGCCACCAUUAAUUCAGGUCAAACACAGUGGCAUCGGUUCUCUCUGGACUUAGGUGAGCGAAUCUGUACAACUUACAAAGCUGUUUGAAGCUGAAGUCUCUCUGCACCAAUAUGUUUGUGCAAAUAUCAAAAGCUUGUUACGGUAUCAGGGCCUUUCCAUACACUUCUUUCUCUGUCCACAAUGUUACUCCCUAGAUAUCUUUUUGACUUGCUCUGACUUCCUUACAUCUUUGCUCAAAUGUCACCUUCAACUGUAGUUAAUUACCCCUAGAACCUGUCUUUGUGCCUUGUUUCUUUUUCUCUAUAACAUGUUACCAUCUGUAUGCUAGAUGUUUUCCUUAUUUAUUGGUUUAUUUGUUUGUCUGUUUUUCUAAUCUAGACUAGAUCUCCAUAGGGAAAGAAUUCCAUUUGCUUUCAUUUUUUUUUCUGUAUCCCCAGUGCUUAGAAUAAUGCUUAGCAUGCAAUAAAUAUUUAUUGACUGAAUAGAUGGAUUUCACUUGGGCUUAUGAAUUAAUGGUUAGUCUAAAUCAUCUAAUCACACUCUGUAAAGAAAAGGAUCGUUUCUGCUUUCCGCUUCUUACUAGAGACACAGAGGUACACAGAGAAAUCUGGUAGAAGGACAUCUAAUUUACAUAAGUUCAUUAACAGUCUGGAACUUGUUGUACAGGCUGAAAGAUAAAUAUAGCUAGAAUCAUUCUUAAAAUGUUAUUCUUAAAAAAAUAAAAACAAUUAAGAGUAA